CCCAAGGAAGAGUGGGAAGCCCCUGCGGACUCAGUCGCAUCCUCCCUCACUGGGACACUCACCGCACCCGCCCACCCCAAACCGAGGGGCCUCCACUCCCUGCCGGCCCCGCCCAGCAGCCCAGCAGGAGCGCACCUGGGAGCCUCCCGGAGGGACACUCCCCGGGGAGGAGCUGCCGGCAUGGCGGGCCCAGCCCAGGCUGGCCGCCAGCUCGCAGUUCUGCUCCUCCGCCCACCCCGGGACCAACAUGGCCCGGGAGCGUCCUGCCUGCGGCGCCCUGGAGCCCGAGCACGUCCAGCAGCUGCUGAUCUCCUGCCAGGAGGCCAAGAAGUCCGCCUACUGCCCCUACAGUCGCUUCCCGGUGGGGGCCGCCCUCCUCACUUGGGACGGGAGUAUCUUCUCGGGGUGCAACGUAGAAAAUGCCUGCUACCCACUGGGCAUCUGUGCUGAACGGACCGCUAUCCAGAAGGCCAUCUCAGAAGGGUACAAAGAAUUCAAGGCAAUUGCUAUCGCCAGUGACUUACAAGAUGAUUUUAUCUCACCAUGUGGGGCCUGCCGGCAAGUCAUGAGAGAGUUCGGCACCAACUGGGCUGUCUACAUGACUAAGCCGGACGGCUCGUACGUCGUCAGGACGGUCCAGGAGCUGCUGCCUGUCUCCUUUGGGCCCGAGGACCUGCAGAAGAUCCAGUGAAGGUCGGAGAGCACUCGGCCUGGGAGAGCUUGGGUUCCCACAUGCUUGAGGGCACAGCUGCCCAGAGAUCUUCAUGAGGAUGCUCCCCCAGACCUGGGGACAUCUGCCUAGUGGGCCCCAACCCUACACGGGCUGAGCAGAGAUGACUUUCCCAAAUUACGCUCAAGCACCAUGUAGAAAAUCUGCUGAAGUGAUAAAGAGUUUCACUCCAGCCUGGGCCAAAGGCCCUCCUUGCACCCUACCUUGUCCUCCCCAGGACAAGCGCACCCCAUCGCUUCCUUUCCCUCCUGCACAACCUCUUUAAAAUUCUUACCAAGUCUGGAUGGCUUCGCUAUUGGCCUUCCUGAGGUCCUAACCUGUUCUGAGCAACCAUUUUUUCUGUUAUAGACAUUUCAGGAUGUCCUGGCUCGAGGGAGCCUGUUUUGCUCUGAGUCUCUGUUGUUGCUCACAGCUCUCAGGGGAACAGGGUGAUUUGUCUUUACAGAAAGACCUGGGCAUUUUCUGCUGGGAGAGGAGAUGGGCAUCUUGGAACUGUGUACGCUUCAGUGCGGAGAACUGAGAUUUUAGGCUUCUUGCCCCUGCAGUCUCCAGAUGGGAGGCCCCACUGCUUUGGGCUGUUGUCUGGUUUGGGCUCAGUAUAAACCUGAGCACCCAUGGGUGUCGGGGAGAGUCCAAAGUAUAAAUAGGGAGGCAUGAGUUUUUCUAGACAGUGUAACAAAUGUUUCUCUGAGGAUCUUUUCUCUGAGCCAUUUUUUUCUAACUAUAGAAAAAAAAAGUACUGUAUAUCAAAUACUCCUGCAUGGAUUGUUUUUUGUUUAAUUUAAAGCACUCAGCAACUCCAUGAAGUGCGUUACCUCCUCCUACUCACAGAUGAGGUGCUGGGCAUCAGAGAGGUUGAGAUAUUCGCUCAAAAACUGUGGCAAAGCUCAGACCAGAGUCUGGGUCCUGUAACUUCCACUGUGGCCUAGAAAAAGUGUGUGCUUUCUGCCAGGUGUUAAGGUGUUUAACGUAUAUGAACCCAUUUAGUCCUCACUCAUUAAGCUAAGAGCAUAUUACCCUCAUUUUACCAAUGGGCAAAUCAAAGCUCAGAAAGGUUAAGUCAUUUGUCCAAAGUCACACACCUAAUAUGUGGCACAGCUGAAAUUUGAAACAGGUCUGUCUGAUUCCAGGUGUUUUUUUCUAUUCUCCCGAAGCUGAUGUCUGGCUGCUUUUAUGUACCUGAGUCUUUUAUAUGGCAAACACUGAAGAGAGAAAAAUGUAUAAGAAACAGUUUCUGCCCUUGAGGAACUCACGGUCUGGGAUGAAAAGAGAGGUGUAAGUAGGUCUAAUGCACAGAAAUACACACUGUCAUCCAGGCAGGCACCAAGGUGGCACAGUGGGCCAUGCUACCUGGGGUGUGAGGAGCAUCAGGGAGGGGACUGUUUCAUUGGUGCAGUGACUAUCAGACUCUCUCACACACGCACACACACAGACAAUCAGGAAGGUGAGGACUGAGGGGAAGGAGCCAGGCUGCCCUCUCCAGGGGCUGACUGCUCUGGUGUCCUCCUGGAGGAGGUAGCCUUGGGCCCAGCGUCGGCGGCUGGGGCAAGAAUAAAGCCCAGGUUUCCCCUUUCCGAGACAAGCAUGUUUCUGGAGGCACAGGAAGAGGACAGGUAAGUCACCCCUUGCCUGGAGUCCUUUCCACUCAGAUCCGGAGCAUCUGCAGGCCCUGCUGUCUGUUAAGACUGGCUUUUGCACAACACACCCAGACCUACCUGCUGACAUCUUGGGAGACACGAAAGUAAUUACAAUGUUGCUGCACAACAUGUUACAAAACUCCACUCUGCCUUUCUUUAGAAAUGACUGUUGGGGUCUUCAGCAUAUGCUUCUGAAUAUUCUCAAUAAAGGGGGAUGAAAAAAGAAAAAAAAAGCUGGAAAUACCCUAACAUGUUAACAUCAGUUAAAAUUCUGCUUGAUGAGAAUCCAGAUUAGUGAUAUUUUUCUUUCUAUAUAUCUGAACUUUUUUAAAUUUCCAAAACAAUUUUUUUUAUUUGAUAAGGAAAAACAGUACAGCACAAUGGUAAAAAGGUUUGAACUUCGGAGUUGGGCAUCCUCCAGACUGUGUGGCUUUGGGCAAAUUGCUUUAUUAUGCUGAGACUCAAUUUUCUCAUCUGUCAAAUGGGGAUGGUUCUAUUCAUCUCAUAGAAUUGUUAGGCAGGAAAAUAGAUAUGAGUGGGGUACAAAGAGAAUAAGGCCAGUAAAGCCCACUAGAAGGGACUCAAAGAGUUAACCAGUUAAAACUAGAAAGCCACAAAAGACUCAGAGUUAAUGAGUUAGUCCAUUAAAGUGCAGAAGGCCAAGAGCAACUUGACCUAGCAUGCCUAAUACUCCCCAGAUAAAGAAAAGUAUCUCUGCAUAGCCUAUGAUUUCAUUGUAAAAAUUAGCACCUGUUAAAAGGGCUGACUUAUUCAAGAAGAAUUCUAUCUUAAAGCUAAGAUUGCAUUUUAAUCAAACAGACAACUCAGCCCACCUUGGAGGCAGGACAGACAGUCUUGACUGAUCUGCUUCCAGACAGAAACCGAUAGCCUGGGAAGGGAUCACAGCAGUAAAUUUCUUGUGUCAGGUUUAAAAGAAGAAACUUAAUGUCUUGACAAAGAUGAGCAUUCUUGAGACCAUUUGGCAGGUCUGCACCUAGCCUUUUGUCGCUUUCCUGAAAAUCAUCAAUUGCCUAUAAAACCCCAAACCCUAAACCCGUAGGCACAUUCCUCUCUCUGAGGUCACCCACACUUUGUAAGUGCGUACCUUUAAUAAAACUUCAUCUCAACCUUUCAGCACACCUCUCUCUGAGGCUGCCAGCGCUUUCUAAGUGCGGAGCCUUAACUUUGUCUCUUCAACCUUUUAGAGCACUCCUCUCUCUGAGGCCGCCUGCACCUUCCAAGUGCGUGACUCUAAAUAAAAUUUUACUCUGCUUCACUACUACUGCAUCUCUGCCCUUCAAAUCUUUGUCGUAACGGGGACAAGAACCCAGCAAAAUACACAACGCUCCCCUAACAGAAUUGUGCAGAUCAAAUGAAAUCAUAUACCCAAUGUCGGACCCUCAGUAAGCUCUUGAUAAAUGUCACUGUUACUUUGAUUAAAGGUGACAAAUUUUGGUCCAUUGAAGCUGGAUUUGAUUUUUACAAAGAGGCAACAGUCUUUUACACCCAAUCUAUUCAUUCCUUUAACAAUGAUUUAUUGAGUGCCUACUGUGUUCUAGGGCUGGGACCAGACUCUGGGGACACUGCAGUGAAUUAAACAGAUGAGAUCCCAGUCCGCAUGGAGCCUUCAGUUACCCAGUGGGAAAAUGAGUUCUAAAUGAUGGCAGUACUUCAGGACGAGUGUCACCCAAGGGGAAGAAAGUGCUCUGGGAGCAAACAGCAGGAAUAGAGCUUGCCUAAGAAUGGGCAAGGCAGCGCUGAGGAGGACCUGCUCCAGCCUGGGCCCAGGGAGGGGGCACCCAGUUAGUUAGGGAAUGGGGAUUGGGGGUGCAAAGAAUGAGGAUUGCCUAAAGGGCUACGCCCAGUGUUCUUGUGUGUUGUGGAAACACUGGGAAAGCCAGUUCUCAAAGAAAGGUUCUAGAAAUUAUUUCAACAGUGUCUGCUUGGAAAAGCAACAUUCAUGUGGCUGGAGAGAAGCUGGAAUGUUUGUUUAAAAUAAAAGAAAUUUCACUUUUCAGUCCCACUGUUCUGAGGGCCUGUGAUUUCAGAGCAGCACAUGCUCUAUUGUUCAGAGCUCUCUGUUUUUUAGGCCCCUAAAGCUGAGGGCCAGAUUCCCAUGGAAAUAAACAGAAGCAUGGCUAUUUCUGCUGCUCUUGCUGGCAGCUGCUAAUUGUUUAUGUAAACUACAAGAUUCUUUAGGAUUUCCUUUUGGCAGGAAGGAGGGCACAACUGUUACUGACAGCCAGGAGGGGUACUUUGGGUACAUGUGUCAGAAAUGAAGCCAGAAAAUGCUGUUCAAGAAUUUAAAAAAUGGAAUGGCCUAAUAAGUCUCACACACAUGUAAUGUUUCAUAUAUGCUUAGCUG